CUUCCCAAGUUCUCGGCGAAAGGAACCUCAAAUUUCCGCGUCGCGUUCGCAAACGCAUUUGGCCGUUAUCCAUUCCACUGUUCCGUCCCGGCCAUCUGAACCCACCAGGUGUCGGAUGUACUUCCUGUCAUCCAUCGCAUAGGGUCUGGACUCUUUUCGCAAACACAUUAAUCAUUUCCUCCCUUAUUGCGACCGCGUCUAUUCACAAUGGAGGAUCCAGCAACCCGUGUCCCCGGGCAGUUGUUGCCGCAUAUGCAUCUGGUGUCGCGACAUCGAUACCCGCUGAUGCACAUGAUGCCCACAGAUACCGUUGUCGAGUACCUCCUUUCCGCACCUAAGGUUGUUCGUGAGGCGCAACCGAUGCAUUGGACCUUCCUAGAUGGGCCCCAAGAUGGAACUGUGAUGCUCACUUGGCAGCCCCUCAACCAUCUGGGGACGAACUUCGCUAGCGAUGGCUACGUGUGGGCCGACGUGGAACAAGCGUUCACCUUCGAAGCUCGCGGUUACGUGGUUGAGAUGUGGCUGCACCGUAGUGGCUAUCAUCCGCCAAAUGAAUCAUUAGCCAUGCAUUGUCGCAGACGUUAUCGGUUGCUACCUUCGAAGAAUCCAAAUCCAAGCAUGCCCCCGCCAGACCCGUCGUUAUGGAUCGUUCACUACUCAAGGGCGCCUCCUACCGAGCAUAUUCCAGCCAACAGAAUCCCCGUUAUCCCUCAAGUCCAGACUAUGUUAGCCCAGCGCCGCUUCUUGCAGAGCCAAGGCCAGCUUGCCCGCAAGGACUUCAUGUUGCACGACCGCAAUAACUGGCCGACGAUCAAUUUUCCCCCACAGGCUCCCCCACAGGGCUUUGCGCAAGUUCCAGGAGCUUAUCCGAAUGCCAUGGUCGGUCGUCAACCGUAUUAUCCCCAGCCAGGCCCAGGUGUGCCUGCUCCGGCAGCAGGAGCGCCACCUAAGGCGCCCCGCGGACAUCGCGCUUCAUCGGCUGCAGUCAACCCUGCCACUGCCGACUUAGCUCUGGAGGACGAAGAUGUUUCUACGGGCGAUAUGAUGGAUCUCCUUACCCCACGGGAAGUGAGCAAGAUGAGAUACCAACAACACCAUGAAUGGAUGGAGGAGAUAUUUGCUUCGCCGUAUGCCAUCAGUCAAAUCACCCCUGUCUCUCUUGGGUUGGGGCGAAAAGGGGAGCUGGAAUCCUUGACGGCGGGCUUCUUUGAUGCACCUUCCGGGCCUACUAGCGGGGAAUCAAAGGAUGCCGGUGAUUCUGCUCAGGCUACAAAGAUGGAGCCUGCUAAGGCGGAGGAGUUCGCUGAUCGUGUUGCUAAGAAGGUAGCGGACAUGACUGCCGAGAUCGAGAAGCUAAAGAAACGGCAUGCGCGACGGAUGGAGAAGUUUAACCGCACCUCAUUGCUUAAAGAUGCUGAACUUCGACUUCGGGAGGCGGCAGCAGAUCCUAAUGCCACAGGAUCGGAAGUUUGGAGAUUAGAAGGCCGCAUUGAGAUUCCCGCAGAAGGAGACGAGCCCCAAACACCACCUGUUUCCGAGCCAAAGGCUAAGUACAAGGUGGAUGAUGUGGUUAGGGAGCUAGAAACCUCGUGGAACAAGCAAAUUGUGCCUGAACCAAAAGUUUCCUGUGUCCAGAAGGGAGGUCUAUUAGAAAAGAUUGAGCCAGAACAGAAGCCAGAAGCUCCUGCUGAUACUGAUAUCGACAUGGGCCACGCAGACAGCCAUAUUCUCGACCAGUUUGGUAGUCCACCGCCCGGCCCAGGUCAAGGGGCUCCAAUCAUUAAUCCCGCACCAGCUCUACUGGCGAAUGUGCCCGGUACAUCAGAAGCCCCUGGUGCCAAUGUUGCUGCACCGCUACAGGCAACAGUUAGCGUGCCCCAACAGGGAGCGCCUAUGCCCGGUAUUGACGUCGAGAUGAACAUGGGCGAUGCCCCGUCGUCCAACACAGCUGUGGGUGAAACAGGAGAUUGGGUGAUGGUCAACGAUGAGAAGAAGGGCCCAAGCGGCAAGCCAGCCGUUGCCGAUACCUCCAUACAUGGAAUUGAAACUCCAGGCAAUGGAAUACAAGGAUUGACCCCCGGUAACGCAGUUGGCGACAAUGGCCUUGACGGUGCCAACUUUGACUUUACUAAUAUGGACAGUGCGGGCGAUGCACUUGCGGCGUAUACCGAGCAGAAUGAAGUCCUUGAUCUUCCGGAUCUGGAAAAUUCAGCGUUUGGUGAUGCAUUCCACGCGUCAGAUAAUGAAAACACCCACCAUCAUGAUGCGGAUGAUAUGGCCUGAAACACAUUAUGUGGGUCUUGAUAUUUAUUUAUGCUGGUAUACUACUAUGUGGUGUUGUGGUUUUACGGUUAGCUCGGCGCCGGCUAUGUUUCUGAUUUACAAAUGGAUGAAGAAGCUGUAAAAAUAAGACUUGGAACUGCAAAUUUUCUGAUGAUCAUUUAAUUUGAUUCUGUAUCUGUAAUUUUUUGCUGUGAGCUACCCGUAAGUAAUGUCAAGACAGUCCAUUAAUCAUAGCGAGCAGGGA